UGAGGGAAGAGGCCCCAUUGAGAAGUUGCCAAUUACUCUUUCUUUUAUUGCACUAGUUAUAAUCAAAAGCUUUCUGGUUUGUGGAAAGAGAGACUGGAUAUUCUGGGCACAGGUAACGAAUUGAAGAAAUGUUUGCAGUCAGAUCAGCUGAUUUCAAAUCAAAAGAUGGAGAAACGUUGAGAGCUAUAAGCUUCAAGAAAAGGGAUUUGAACAAUGUUGAUGAAUCUGAUGGCCACAUUAGUGAUCUGCUCAUCCAAAAAUCUAUGUGCUUCAAGAAAAUAAAGCCAACUGCGAAGCAUGUCCAAACAGAAUUUUCAAUAUUCAAGAACCUAAAUCUUGAUAUAAAACGCAAGAACUAUGAUUUGGUCAAUAAAGUGGAUUCCGCGGUUUCUUCAGCAGAACCUGCGUACACGCCAUCUCCAAGGCCAGCCACCGAGCUUGAUGCAGCUGCAACUAAGUUGCAGAAAGCUUACAAGAGUUACCGGACUCGCAGAAACCUCGCAGACUGUGCUGUGGUUGUGGAAGAGCUAUGGUGGAAAGCAUUGGAUUUUGCCACCUUGCGGCGGAGUUCUAUAUCUUUCUUUGAUUCUGAUAGAUCAGAAACUGCUGUUUCUCGAUGGGCACGAGCUAGGACCAGGGUAGCUAAGUUUGCGAAGGGCUUGUCCAAAGAUGAGAAGGCUCAGCAGUUAGCUUUAAGACAUUGGCUUGAAGCUAUUGAUCCAAGACAUCGAUAUGGCCACAAUCUGCAUUUGUACUAUAAUGUGUGGUUUUCUAGUGAGAGUUCACAACCAUUCUUCUACUGGCUGGACGUGGGAGAUGGGAAAGAAGUAAAUCUUGAGACAUGUCCAAGAAAUGAACUACAACGUCAAUGCAUCAAAUAUCUUGGUCCAAAAGAAAGGGAGGCAUAUGAAGUGAUAGUGGUGGAUGGGAAGCUAGUUUACAGACAAAGUGGAAAGCCUGUGGAAACUGUGGAGGGAACUAAGUGGAUUUUUGUUCUAAGUGCAUCAAGGGUCAUGUAUGUAGGAAAGAAGGAGAAAGGACAGUUUCAGCACUCUAGUUUUCUAGCUGGUGGUGCUGCCAUUGCAGCUGGGAGAUUGGUCGCACAUGAUGGGGUUCUUGAGGCUGUAUGGUCAUACAGUGGUCAUUAUCGCCCGUCAGAAGAGAAUUUCUUGGAGUUCAUUGGCUUCUUGGAGGAGCAAAAUGUAGACUUGACAGAUGUCAAAGUAUAUAUAUAUAAAUGUCCCAUGGACGAUGACAUCCCACCAACCAAAGAUGGAGAUGAAAAGCACAAAUUAGAGAGCAUGAAAGGUGCCCAGAAUAUUGAACAUGUGGGUGCAAAUUCCAAUUGUAAUAAGGAAGCAAAUGUGGACAUAAAAGAAAGUAAUGAAGAUAAUAUGGACAGUCCCAUGGCUAAUAAUCCAAGUGCAGUUUUUGAUCUGCACAAGCCAUUGUCAUGCAAUUGGAGCACUGGUGCUGGACCUCGCAUUGGCUGUGUUAGAGAAUAUCCUGCACAGUUACAAUUAAAGGCACUUGAACAUGUGAAUCUAUCACCAAGGCCAAGGGUUGUGGCUGGAUCUUUUCCUACCUGUGGUCCAAUCCCUUCACCAAGACCUAGCCAAAAAAUUCACCUAUCCCCAGGGCUUGCAUAUUUGGGGCUUCCAAGUCCAAGAGUACGAGCUCCUCCUCCUGUUACUAAGUAGACAUUCACAAAUAUAGGAAAGUUUUUCUAGGUUCAAGACUAUGUGGCAGGCCUUUUGCCCUUAGUAUGGGCCUCUAUUUCAAAGCAGGCAACUUACAAGUGAUAGGAUAAUAAUUGGACUAACCCCAACACUAAGCUUAAUUUUCCCUUUUUUUGUGACCUUCAUCAUAUGGGUCAUUUAUUUAUUUGUUUAUUUUUCUUUUUCCAUACAUGGGGUUGGAUCGCUCUUGUACAAUUUUUCUUUUCUAGUGUCACCAAAAACUUAAGUCUAAUAAAAUUUGUAAUUUCAAUUUAUAAAUUAGAAGAUUCAUUCAA